AUGACCAAAGUUCGAGCUAAAAGAUUUAAGAUUUGAGGUUAGGACUAAUUUAGUACAUAUAUAUGUAGAUAGCAGCAAACCAUAAUGUAUAUGUUAUUUUCCUACUCAACAUUUUGAUUUCAAUCGAAGAAAUUUGAUUUUAUUAUCAAAACGUGUAAAAUUGUUAUUUAAUUUCAUUACGAGUUUGAAUGAUUCAUGGAACUCACGUAGCAUGGAAGAAUCUGUCAAAUUUGAGAUUAAAGAGGUUAAGACCGACCUUUUACGCGCGAUAAAUGAAUGUUCUCAACGCGGUUUAUUGCAUACCACUAAAUGGCUAGCAGAAUUAAGUUAUUCCUUGAAAGAUGUAACAUUAAAUGUUCAUGACAUUACUGCUGACUUGUAUAUAUCUGAGACAAGUGAAGAAGAAGAUACAUAUAUUUUAGCAAAAACUUAUUUCGAUCUGAAAGAAUAUGAUCGAGCGGCUUAUUUUACCGAGCAAUGUAAAACGCCGAAAGUUCGAUUUUUGCAUUUAUAUUCUCGGUAUCUAUCGGGAGAAAAGAAAAAGAUAGAUGAUAUGACAGUGGUACCUCCAGAUCCUUUAAAAAACGAAAGCUUAAGAUUAUUAUGCGCUGAUUUAAGAAAAGAUCACAUGGCAGAUAAGCUUGAUGGUUUUGGUCUUUAUCUUUUUGGCGUGACAUUAAAAAAAUUACAACUUACCAGAGAUGCUAUAGACAUAUUAGUUGAGGCUAUUCAUAAGCAGCCCAUGCACUGGGGAUCCUGGUUAGAAUUAGCUUCUUUAAUUACAGAAAGGGAAAAGCUUGAAAAUCUGUGUUUGCCUAAUCAUUGGAUGAAACAUUUUUUUAUGGCCCAUAUGUAUUUAGAGCUACAGUUAAUAGACGAAGGUUUAGCUCUGUAUUGUGAACUGCAAUCAAUGGGAUUUGAAAAGAAUGGAUACGUACUUGCUCAAACUGCAAUUGCAGUCCAUUAUAGGAGAGAUGUUGAUAAUGCUAUAGAAACAUUCAAAAGGAUAAUAAAAGAGGAUCCAUAUUGUUUGGACAAUAUGGAUACAUAUUCCAAUUUGCUCUAUGUGAAAGAAAUGAAAGUGGAACUAGCAUAUUUAGCACAUAGAGCAACAGAAAUAGAUAAAUACAGAUUAGAGACAUGUUGCAUAGUAGGAAAUUAUUAUAGUUUAAGAGGUGAUCAUCAGAAGGCAGUAAUGUAUUUUCACAGGGCAUUAAAAUUAAAUCCACAGUAUCUUUCUGCUUGGACAUUACUUGGUCAUGAGUUUAUGGAAAUGAAAAAUACUAAUGGUGCUAUUCAUAGUUACAGACAAGCUAUUGAGGUGAAUAAGAGAGAUUACAGAGCAUGGUACGGUUUGGGUCAAACUUACGAAAUUUUGAAAAUGCCCUUCUAUGCACUUUACUAUUAUAAACAAGCUCAGUUGUUAAGACCACAUGAUAGUAGAAUGGUGCUGGCUCUGGGAGAAGCAUACGAAAAACAAGAUAAAAUACAAGACGCAUUAAAGUGUUACUAUAAAGCAUGCAAUGUUGGUGACAUUGAAGGAAUGGCACUAUUGAAAUUAGCUACUUUAUAUGAGAAAUUAGGAGAGGACGAUCAUGCUGCGGCAGCUUAUACGGACUUCGUGAUGGAUGAAUUUAGAAAUGCAGACAGGACCGAUUUAAGUCACGCGUAUAAAUAUCUAACGCAAUAUCAUUUGAAACGAGAACAGUUAGAUCACGCUAAUCAUUACGCUCAAAAGUGUUUGCAAUUUGACGAAACAAAAGAAGAAGCUAAAGCAUUGUUAAGAACAAUUGCACAGAAGAGGGGAAAAUUUGAACAUUCGAUGGUGGUAGAAGAUAUGAAUGAAACGGAUCCGGUUAUGGAGCAGGGAGAAAGGUCGGACGUUGCACCAGGAAGUCAGUUAUCGCCUAUGAAUUUAUCAUUUAUGCCUACGCCUUAAAAUACAUUGAAGGAUAUUAAUUACAUAUUUAUGGUAUCGCUUCACGCAUAUGUUGUACAUAUUUUUAAUAAGUAAUAAAUAAAACUUUUGUAUGAUAUUUU